GAGCUGUGGACUCAGUGCUGCUCGGUGGUUGUGAUUUCAUCGAUGAGAAGCUGGCUGACCGCCUCGCACACACAGACAUGGUGACACGUGGAUAUCUGUGGGCGAGAGGACCCACCGGCCACCGGAUGGAUUAACGGGAUCGUCGCAGGAGUGUGUAUCGGCGUCUCGGACUGAUCUGCUCUUCCUUCUCACUCCGGGACCCGGCGAUGCGCUCUUUAAAGGAAACGGGUUUCGCAGAGACAUCCGGAAAACGCAUCCAUGCGCCACGGCCAGUCCGCAUCCCGAUAUGCCUCUGACAACACAAAGCCUGGUUUCAAGGAGCUCCCAUAAGAAAGCACACAUGCAAAUCGGCAUGGGUGCGUCAACACGGCUAUUUCACUAUUAUGCUCUGCGGGUGAGGCUUUGGAGCGCAGUUGUGCAAUGAGACAAUCGGGAAUUAUCAAGUAGACUUUAUUGAUAGGCUUCAUAUUUCGACAAUAUGGCUGAUCAGAGCAACAUCCAGUCCGCCGCCUCCAAGAGUAUCCGGCCUUUCAAAUCCAGCGAAGAAUACCUGUAUGCCAUGAAGGAGGAUCUGGCUGAAUGGCUCAACACCCUUUACGAUCUAGAUAUCACUGCGGACACCUUUAUGGAUGGGCUGGGGACGGGCUGUGCUCUCUGUCGGCACGCCAACAACGUGAACCGCGCUGCGCAGGACUUCCAGCUGGAGUACCCGGAGGCUGCACACUCCAUGAAGGUGCCAUCUAAAGAUGUUGGCUUUCAGUCACGCAAUGUUGUCCCCGGUUCGUUUGUGGCGCGAGAUAACGUGUCUAAUUUCAUCAGCUGGUGCAGGCAGGAGCUCUGGAUCAAGGACGUGCUCAUGUUUGAGACCAAUGACUUGGUGGAGAGAUGCAACGAGAAGAAUUUUGUUCUGUGUCUGCUUGAGGUGGCGCGGCGUGGGUCCAAGUUUGGCAUGCUGGCCCCCAUGUUGAUCCAGCUGGAGGAGGAGAUCGAGGAGGAGAUCCGGGACCAGGAGAGCCUGCGGAUUGAUGCAGGGGAGCCAGCUGAGCAGAGUCCGCCCAGCAGGUGUUUCAGUCGGAAGGAGAGCAGUCAGAGUGUGGAGGAUGAAGAUGAACCGGAUCCAGAGCCGUUCAUCUGGCCUCAGAAGAGAGUUUUAUGUGACAUGAGAAAUUUGGACGAGUUGGUGCGUGAGAUUCUGGGCCGGUGUUCCUGUCCAGCUCAGUUUCCUAUGAUCAAGGUGUCGGAGGGGAAGUACAAAGUGGGAGACUCCAGUGCAUUGAUCUUCAUAAGGGUCCUCCGUACUCAUGUGAUGGUGCGUGUUGGAGGGGGCUGGGACACUUUAGAGCACUAUUUGGACAAGCAUGACCCGUGUCGCUGUGCUGCUUUUGCCCACCGCUACCACCAGGCUAAAGCCAGUGGCCAAGGUCAGGGAGGCCAGAGCAAGUCCUCGAGCGCCCACUCAUCCCGCUCCACCAGCCCGGGACCACACUGGAGAAAUGAUGGCAUUGCACCUUAUAAACCUCCUGACAGGCGCUCCCUGGAGCCCCCCUCUGCUCCAUGUGCCUCUUCCUCCUCCACACGGCCCGGCCGCUCUCAGAACCCUUCUGGCCCCACCGAGCUCGACUGUGGUGCAGCACGCACUCUACUCCCGCGGCCGCCAAGAGACCGAUCAGAACCCCGCCACUUUAAUCCUCUCAGGAAUAAGGAGACCAAGAUGCCAGUGACACGACGUCUGUCUGGAGACAGUGACUCCUCUACAGCCUCCUCUAAGGGAGGAGGAGGAGGAGGAGGGGGACGGUACUCUCUCGGUGGGGCUUCACGGCGCUCUAAUGAUGACGUAGUUUUGCUCGUCAAUCGCAAGGAGGGGAAGCAUGUGAUUGAGAGGCCUGGUGCUGGAAAUCAGACCCCGUCCCUGCGUCCCUCACUGCCCCGUGCUCGCAGCCAGUCUCGGGAGCGCCCUGCUCUCGCUCCAAUACUGAAACCGAACCCACCACAAGGAUCUGCUGAUGGAUCGCGACCAUCCCGCACAGAGAGGGGCCGCUCCCUUGGCAACGAUGGACCAAGGAGGCUCCAUGCUCCACGUUCUCACAGCCAGAGUAAGUUAUCUAGCCGUACUUUGUCCAGUGAUGCCAGCCCGGGACCCGCCUCCUGCUACAGAGACCCUCAGCCCCUAGCCUCAGACAGACGAGAGGAACUUCGAGCCAAACAAUUGCCCCCAUCAUCUCCCAGAAUAGGUGGUGGUUUUUCCAAGAGGCAGUCGUCCUCUUGUUCUAACUCACCUAUUAAAGGAGUCCAGAACAACAGCAGCAGCCCCAGCAAGAAGAUUAUAACUACUCCCAGACCUCCGGCCCCUCGCUCUCCCUCCAUAGGAAAAGGCAGACUUCUGCCACCAGUCAGCUCGGGAGGUCGACGUUCCCCCCACUCGUCUCCCCGCAACUCUCACCAUCACACUGCCCGCUCCCCUCGGACUUCACAGGGUCCUCGAUCUGCUGGGCGAGGCCACCAUAGGAACUGGUCUGGCCCGGAGCACCAGGAGCCCGAGGAGGACGGAGUAGGCCUCGGCUUCCAGAUGCUGCCAACAUUAGACCCCCAGAAGGAGCAGGAUCUCUAUCGCAGCUUUGAGGCCGAGUUUCUGGCCAAUACCCAACAGACGAGAGCAGUGUCUUGUAAAGCCCCUCUGCAGGGAGCUGGGACACAUUCAGUGCCAGCACCCACUGAUCCUAAUGUCACUGACUCUGCCUACUCCUCUUCUAACUCCUCCACCUCCUCCCUGAAUGUGGGGGCAAAAAUAGGAACCCUGCCUGACCUCAGGGAAUCCAAGAGAACUAAUCCCCGUCACUUCCCUCUGGACGAUCCCUUAAAUUUACUUUAUGGACACAAUUUUGGAGGACCACACAACUUUGGUCAAGGAGAGCCUGAGCACUGGGGGGAGCGUGGAGGGGGUCUCAAGAAGCUCCCAGCCAUCUCUAGCUCCAUCGAGGAGAGGGAACCUCCAUCUUCCCUGCCUGGACUUGUAGACACAGACAGUUUGAUGAAUCAGGUCCCAUCACAGCCUGCGUUCCACUGUAGGAAUAUGAAUGGAGACCAUGGAGGUUGUCCUCCCACCGUGGGGCUGACAGGUCAGCAGGGCCAGCUUGGCUGGGGCACAGGGCCUGAAGGAGAUGUUCCUCUGGAGAAUCACCGGCCAAACUUACCUUAUGACCUAGAAAAUGGGGAUGGCAGUGAUGACCUUCCACCCCCAGAGGCCUGUCCAUCCCCCGUGCCCCUUCCCCCCUCUGAGGACUGCUCCUUCCAGGACUCCUCUAGUGAAAACUCUUCCAUGUGCUUCAGCUUGAGUGAAUCACGCUCCGAAUCCCCCCCUCCAUCUUCGCCCCUGGCCAACGGGGACACCGAUGGAGAAGGGCAGCAGUCUAAGAAAGGGCAAAAAAAGACAGACAGGGUAGCCCCUAUCUCUAAGCACAAACUGAGAGGCAGGGUGAGGCCUCGCACUGACAACAGGCCAGAAAACAGCCCUUCACGUAUCCCCACCCCGGUCAGCUACAGAGAUCUGCAGGCUCACGACACGUUUUCCCCAAGCCACACCCCGCCACUGUCCCCUCGGAGCUCGCACUCUACUGGUCGUCCAGCCACAUGCAAGGGCCUGCACCAGGCCUUUGCAGAUAUGAUCCAUCCUCAACCACGCUCUCCAGCCAUGGGCAACAAAGAUUGCUCAUACCCUGGACAGUCAGGGAGCCUGGACACUGAAGCUUGGAUGUAGCACAGAUGACACAAAGGGUUGUUGUCAUGAACUUUGACUACUGUGUAAAAAAAGACUUAAGAAUGGGCUAUAGACUGUUUUCAUUGCAUGUCUAACACUCCUUUUUCACUUACUUUCUCCCCUGAACAACUGCAGGGGGUUCACGUUGCUUUUAUGUUGCACUCAAGCCAAAUUAUUUAUUACCAAAGGAAUGGUUUUUAAUAUUACUUUUACUGUAAUUUUAAUGUGUGCAUGGGGAUGCUUUUGCCAAUCAUAAGGUGUUCUUCUUCCUAUUUUUUUUCUUUUUUCUCGCAAAGACACUUGUGAAGUUCUCACGGUUGAUACAGAGAGAUAGAGAGAGAGCAUAUGUGCUGCCAUGUGCCCUGCCAAGGGGCAUGGUGAAGUGCCAGGGAUUUAAAGCUGCAACUCUAUAAAACAGUGUAAACACUAAACCUUUAGUCAGGUGGAUUGGCUCCCUCUUGUGGUUUGCCUCAGCAUCUCUGCUUGCCUUGAUAGUCAAAGUACUGGUAUGAUGACUGUGAUAUUUUCAGUCUCUUCACUUUAGUGGUCUUCAUAUAUGACUCAAUAUACUCACAUUUACAAUAUACUAAUAGGUAACAUAGACAAAGGUACCCCCAUCAUGAACACUACAUGUACUACCAAUCUCUGUACAGUUGUCCGCUGGUAUUAAUGUUACCUUUUCACAACAGUCAAUGUAGUCGAGAUAGAUAUUUGUUUUAAAAUGCUUUAUGUGUUACAGGUUUUUAAGAUUUUGUUUAAUGCAGUAAAACAUCUUAACUUUAUUUCUACUUUUAAAGUGGAUUAAGUGUAAAGAAAAAAUAAGAGGAGCAGUGAAGGUUGUGUUACUUUGUGUCAUUGUCACUGAAACAGAAAUGUUGGUAGCUCCUCCUCUGACCAAACUGUACUCUGGAAUACAAUGAUACAUACAUACAAAAGUCAAAGGCUUAGGAGAAUGAAUGUGUAAAUACAUAUUGAUGUUCUCACUAAUAGAUGUGGGUAAUUUGUAUAUAAGAAAGGCAUUGAAUAUACAGAUUAAUGUACAUAUUCACUGUAAUGAGUUCUGUGCUGCCUUAGCUAUGCAAUAUUGGUGUUGGAAAUGCCUUGACGAUUCCCCUUGCCUUAAAAUGUAUUCGCAGGUUAGUUUUUGAAUGUUUUUGCUCAACAUCACUAAGAUCUGUUUGGACAACACUACAUUGCCAUCAUUAACUGUUUGUGAUAAUAGAAAUUGGAGAGUUUGAGUGUGAAUGUGGAAAUACGUGAGGAACAUUGCCAAUUAUAAAUAUAAAUUGUACUUGAUGUAGGUGUACAAUUCAUGAUAGACAUAUAUAAUUUAUUGCCUCUGAAUCCUGUUAAUUUGUUUUGAAACACAAGAAGCCAGAUAACCUACUUAGCAGAUGGAGUUUAAAGACACGGUGCGAUCUGUGGUGACAUCUAGUGGCUGAAGAAAGACAUUUUAUUUAGACAGAGCAAAUACAUGCUGUGUAAUGGGUGGGACAUUACAUGUUAAUGGUGCUGAUUAGAGACAAUAUCAAUGGUGUGAUAAGGUGAAGUUAGAUGGACGAAGUUAGAUGGAUGAAGAAUGACUUGGGCUUGAGUGUCUGAAUGUGUGCAACAGUGCAUGAAUAAUAGAUCCUGUAACUGGAUAUUCACGUUCUCUUGAGAAGCUCUUGCACAGUUGCAGAGAGUAUAAGAGGUCAAACCCCAGCGACAGUACUUCUGUUUUUUGGUAUUUAAGAGGUGCGGACUUUGUAAAAUAUAUUUGAAAGUGGAAAAGUUUGACUUGUUGUCAGUUAAGAGAAGUUGGUGGCCAUUUGUUUUUGAUGUGUUUACAAUGGUUUUGUUGAAUCUCUCCCAGAGAGAUUAUGGAGACAAUGUCAGUAAAAAAGAAACACUUUCUGACACGCCCAUGUUUAUAAUACAUUAUUAAUAUACUUAUGAUGUUUCAUAGGGUUAGGAUUAGCCUAGCCCCUUACACUAACCCUGAUAAUCACAUUAUAAUGCAGUAUACCAUUGUUUAUUAUGCAUUAUAAAACACAUUAUAAUGUAUUUCAACUAUGAGAAUUAUAAUACACUAUGAACCUUGCUAAAUCAGUGUCUGUAAGUGACCAAUUAUUGCUAUAAAGCAUUAUAAAUAUGCCUAUUUAUGACUGUAAUUAAACAGAACAAUAAGAAGAUUAUAACAUGUUACAAGUAUGUUUGAAAUGCAUUAUAGGCAUGGGCAUCAUAGAAAGUGUUAUGAAAAGAAAGAAGCAACAUAUGUGAGUAACAUCUUUUUUUAAGGUGCGGACAAAAAAAGAAGAGUGUGCAUAUAUUAGUGUACAUACGGUAUGAGAAUAUGUACAGAGUUGCAGUGAUGAGGGGAGUGAUGUAGGUCUAAUUUAUUUAUUUAUGGAAUUAAGUCUCACUGGGCUCAAGUGACAUCUGUGUCCCAAGUACUGUUUAAUGAGCUUUAAGUUUUUAGGGGCAUCUAAAUGACGUGGGGCCCCAGCAAUUAUCAGGCAUUUUAAGAUUUAUUUCUCUCAAAAGUGUGCUGUAAAGACACAGUCUGUUAGAGAUGUUGCCAGUCAGACACACUAAACACAUUUGGGCUGUUUUGCAAUAUUCAGAUAUUCAGUAAUUUGAUUUAAUGCGGACUCGUCAUAGCUACAAUUAAUUUAUUAUGUAUCAGUAUUGUAAGAGCUACAUAUGUAGCUGUUAAUUAGUUUCACCUGUAUAACAGAUGUACACAUGUUCUCUAACUGUUUAAAAUUUUAAUUUCUUAUUUGAAGACAUUUGCAUUUUGAUCAACUGGUGUUUAAAAUGUACCAGUUAUGUGAACUGUGACUUCAUACAAACAUUUGGUUGUCAAUCACAAAAAGAUUGAUUGUCCUUAAAUAAUCUGAUUUUUGUCCUGCACAACUUUGCAAAUUUCAUCAAUCUCUCUCUCCUUCUCUCUAUCCCUAAUCAGCGAAAUCUGAAUGUUCUUGGUUUGACAUUUUCUUGUUUGCUAAUGAACCUUUCACUAAAACUUCAGUUAAAUGUACAGAUUGCUUGACAUUGUGGAAAUUGUAUGUAUGAAAUAGCAAUACUGCAACAUUUCACAGUUUUUUUGAGGUCGGAAAUGCUGUCAAGUUGUUCUUGUAAUAAAUAUUUUCCUCUGAAGUUUA